AUGGCGGCAACCCUUGAUCGAACGCACCCAGACCCGCUAGCGGGCGGCCCAGUUGUUGAUUCGGCGUCUAUCACUCCUCCCCACAGCGCCAACGGAAAGAAGGAUGUCCCAGAAGGGGUUCCUUCCGAGCUAUCGGACCUCGAGUUGGACUCCAAGCCUGCAGCGACCCAUGAAGAGCCUGCUAUCAAACAAGAAGAGCCAGAGGAACAGGUGGAAGAGGACAUCGAGCCUGACCAUUACUAUGGCGGCGGAAAAAUCCCUGUUUUCAAACCAACAAUGGAUCAAUUCCGAGACUUCCAAAAGUUUAUCAACAAGAUUGAUAAGUAUGGAAUGCAAGCUGGAAUUGUGAAAGUGGUCCCUCCAAAAGAAUGGAGCGAGUCACUUUCGCCGCUUGACGAGGCUGUCAAGUCGAUCCGAGUGAAAAACCCCAUCAUGCAAGAAUUCCAUGGCUCGCACGGCACAUACACGCAAGCAAACAUUGAACGUCAACGUUCCUACAAUCUGCCUCAAUGGAAGGCCCUAUGCGAGGAAAGCAAUCACCAACCGCCAGCCCGCCGUGGCGAGAGACGUCGAAACCAAGAGCGAGCAAAUCGCGCGGCUCCUACCCCACGAGCCCAAUCUAGCCGCCCGGAGAGUCAGAAGCGCCGCCCCGGACGACCUGCUAAGCGCGGAAACCAAGCCAAGGUCAAAGAAGAGCAUGCACCCGACGACGCUGAUAAGACUAAGCCCGAGGGCCCCCCGACUCCUGUGUCUCCCGAAUCCAUUCCCGUAGAGCCUAAAAGCGAGGAACUGAGCGAAGGAGAAUCGCUGCCCGCCACCAAACCCAAGGGCCGGCAGCCUAAGUCCGUGACAUCUCGACGAAAGAACAACCGGGGUGAGACAGUGGACCAUGUCGACGAAGAAGCUUUUAAGGCAUUCGACUACCGCAUCCACGACAACGAAGACUACACCGCCGAUCGAUGCGAUGAGCUCGAGACCGCAUACUGGAAGUCGCUCAUGUUCAGCAAUCCCCUGUACGGUGCAGACAUGCCCGGCUCGCUCUUCGACGACUCGAUCGAAUCUUGGAAUGUUGCCAAGUUGCCCAAUCUGCUCGAUGUUCUCGGUCAGAAAGUACCCGGUGUCAACACCGCAUACCUGUAUCUGGGUAUGUGGAAGGCUACAUUUGCCUGGCAUCUGGAAGACGUGGAUCUCUACAGUAUCAACUACAUCCACUUCGGAGCCCCAAAGCAGUGGUACAGCAUCUCGCAAGAUGAUGCUCCCAAGUUUGAGGCUGCGAUGCGCAGCAUCUGGUCUAGCGACGCCAAAAACUGCGAUCAAUUCCUCCGCCACAAGACCUACCUCGUCUCUCCCAGUCUGCUGAAAUCUCAAUAUGGAAUCACUGUGAACCGCCUGGUCCACUACGAAGGGGAGUUUGUCAUCACUUUCCCUUACGGAUACCACUCUGGGUACAAUAUCGGGUACAAUUGUGCCGAGUCGGUCAAUUUCGCAACCGAGAGAUGGCUGGACUACGGCCGGAUCGCCAAGAAGUGCCAUUGUGAGGCCGACAGCGUUUGGAUCGAUGUGGACGAGAUUGAACGCAAGCUCCGUGGUGAAGCCACGCCCGAGUACUACGGCGACUUCGAGAGCGAGUUGGACGGAUUCGAAGGGGCUUCGGAUCUUCUGACACCUCCGCGCAGCGUGCCUGAAAAGGCAUCCUCCACCCGUGGUCGAAAGCGGAAGAUCACGGGCGACGGGCCGAGGACCAAACGAUCCAAGAUCCACCAGGAAGGCCCGCGGGUGUUUCCGUGCUUGCUCUGCCCGAACGAUCUUGACUACGAGGAUCUGUUACCCACGGAAGAUGGCAAGGGCCACGCGCAUCGCCGUUGUGCUUCGUUUAUCGAGGAGACCACGAUUUUGCGGGAUGCGGCCGGUAAUGAAGUGGUGUGCGACAUUGGCCUGAUUCCCAAGGCGCGACUCGGUCUGAAGUGUCUUUUCUGUCGCGAAGUCCACGGUGCCUGCUUCCAAUGCAAUUUCGGCAAAUGUACUCGCGCCUACCAUGCGACAUGCGCUCUCUUGGCCGGUGUUCAGGUCGAACAUGGUUCCAUUGCCGUGAUCGCCGACGACGGCGAGCAAUACGCACUGCCGAAUGUGGAUCUGAAAUGUAAAUUCCACCGCCAGAAGCGCCCGGCCGGAUUGCUGGGAGAAUCGUCUGAUUUGGAUCGUCGUGUGAUUGAGGCCGCUCGCCGCCUGAACUCCGGUGAACUGAUCCAAUUCCAAGCCGACAAGGAAAUCAAUGGAGCCAUUGUGCUCCAGAACCGCCCGGAAGAGCGAACGCUGCUGGUGAAGGUUCUGCCACGAGGAGAUGUGAUUGAAAUGCCCUACCGCUGGAUGCUGGUCAUCCGCAAGAGUAAUUACGCACCCCUUGCGCCGGGAAUUCAACCCCUCCCGGCCCACUUGGUGCGAAAGCCCGAACAGCGAAAGGACUACGAAGCCGCCGUGCCGGUUGCAGGCAGUGCAUUCUGCGACGAGAAAGCUCCCUAUCACUGGGCCGAAUUCGAGACGGUGGAUGCAGCUAGGAAUCAAUUAGCCCCACCGGUUACGGUGAGCAUCGACAGACCAGAGCAGAUUUGGUAUUAUUUGGGCGCGCAGUCCACCGAAAAUAGGGCACAGUAUACGCACAACCCUAGCGUGCCCGUCCACAACCCGCGGGCCAAUUUCCUGGACGUCGUCAAGUCGCUUGGCGUGGCUGGUGCUGCUCGUGCAUCGAAGAUCUCCCCCCACCAUCUCUUCCAUUAUGCUCCCACCGCCCCUGCCCCUCCUUUCCAGCAAAAUCUUUACGCCCAACACCGACCGCAGCUACAACAUAAACACUCCUUCCUGAACGCCGACACCCCUCACCUGUCAUCCCGACCGCCCUCCUCUUCUGCCUCCCUGCAGCACCUUGCCCCUCCCCCUCCCCCUGCCCCUGCUGCCGGUGCUGCUGCUGCUGGUCCUGCGAUGCCGUCGGCCUUUCGUACCCUGCCGAAUCAAUCCGCCCGCCAUGCCCCCUAUCCUUCGAUCGCCAAAUCGCAAAUACAGCAGCAGCACCACCUCCCUUCCACCAAUACCUUUGCCAACGUCCGUGAACUCAUCGCCCGGCGUCGUCUGGCUCAGAUCACCGAUCAUGCCAAUGUCUUCGCCGGGUACACGAUCGUCAGCCCGGAAUUGGUGGUAGAGACCCUGCUGGGCCCGAUGGGCUCGAUCCCUCCAGCGACCGGCUUGGAGAAGCUCGAGUUGGCCAUGGCCCAGCAGCGGGUGCAGCCGCGGGCUGCUGACGGGACCUUACUACCGCCCCAAACCCUCAACAUGAGGUCGGAAGAGGUGACUCGACUACUUCAGAUGCUUCGAUUCUCGCUUGUCAGCCACCGCGAGCGAUUGGAUGUGAUCCAGAAGAAGGAGUCGGAGGGCGUCAAGCAGGAGACUGUCGACAGAGGGAGCAUCGCCGCGGCCAAGAUGCCGGGAAAGUAUGCUUUCCUCGACCAACAGCGGGCUCUAGCCCCCAACGUCUAUCAGUCCCCGUACAACAUGCCGUCUGGACUCUCGGAAUACGCCAAGAAGACAUAUGAGCUGAUUCCCUCCGCGGACGAGCCGCCCAAGGAGUCGCUCGCCAAUGGUUUCUUCGCCAGUCUGUCCCAGGCCGACAAGGACAAGAUCAUGAAGACAUGUGGCAGCUACGUGCAACGGGCCAUUGACCGAUCGGCCAGCCACAGCCGACACAGCUCCACGGCCUCCAAUCUCCGACUGUCAACGGCGCUCGCGCAGCAGACCGAAAACCCGACGAUUGACAUCACCACCGUUGAAGACCCACCGAUAUCAGGCCUCGAUCUUCCCUUGCAUGCAGACUCUCCAUGUUCCAGCUUUGGUAGAUCCCAUCUGCGGCUCCAGUCGCCGGGUGACUUCCCUAUCCACGGCCCCGAUCCCCACCCCGAUCAUCACGAUCUGUUUGGUGAUCAACAGGCCAACACCCGUUUCUGGCAGAACGGGCCGUGGGCCGCCGGCGACGGCAACACGCCCAACGAAGAGAAUCGACCGUUCUUCGGGCCCCAUGAGCGCCUGAAGCAUGACUACGCCUCCUCUGACAUCUCCUUGGGCAAAGGGCCCGGUUCUCUGCACUCGGUCGAUAUGGCUGGCUUCGGUUUCGAUACGGCCGAGGAUCUUUGCGCCGGCUUGAGCCCAUAG